UGCGAGAGACAGUGGUAAAAAAAACUCCAAUAUUAUUGUCAUCAUCAUGAAGCAAUUUUUGGUGCUUAUUGUUUUAAUAAUAAUUAAAAGUGUCUUUUCUAAGCAACCUUCAAAAAUAAUAAAUGGUGUAGUUGCUUAUGACGGACGUCAUCCUUAUCAAGUAUCUAUACGUAAAAACAAUGAACAUAUUUGUAGUGGAAGUAUACUAGAUCCAUUUCAUGUUCUUACUGCUGCACAAUGUUUAAGAAAUAAUGAAGGAAAAUUAUUUUAUGAUUUGUCAAAUUUUACUGUUUCAUCUGGUACCAACAAUAUUGCAACAACUAUUCCAGUUACUCAUCCGGUGUAUAAAGCGUAUAUUCCAAAAACUUUUAGUACAGCAGAUGUGUACAUAAAUGAUAUAGCUGUACUUCGGCUUUCUAGAGGAAUUCCAGUAGACAGAUAUCGACAAUCAAUUAAAUUACCUGAAGUUGAUGUUCCUGAAAAUGCAAGUGUUAUUUUAAGUGGAUGGGGAGUUUUAAAUGAUACGGAAACUUUGACUAUUUUUGAUCAACCUACUUAUUUAAGAACUCUGAUAACAACAGUUAUUAAUAAUGAAGACUGUGAAAAUUAUCAUCAUCGAAAAAUUUAUCCUCAACAUCUUUGUACAUUAAAAGAUCGUGGAUAUGGAUUUUGUACUGGUGAUGCUGGGAAUCCUCUUGUUUAUGAAAAUACAAUUGUUGGUAUUGCUUCAUGGGUUGUAAGCUGUGCCAGAGGCAUGCCAGAUGUUUACACACGAGUUUACCAGUUUGUUCCUUGGAUUAAAGCAAUAUUAAAAAUGUCCGACCAAAAAUUAAAUUUCUUUUUGCAAUAAAAAAAGAAAAAAGAAAGUGAGGUAAAAAAAU